CAUUCCCAUCUGUCAGUCGGAUAAAAAAUUCCAGUGCUCAUGAUAGUGGGAUUAAUAAGAGCCUGCAGCUGUGCAUAAAGCUCCACUGUGAUGGGCGGGUGACGAAGGGAGUCUAUAAGCCGCUGUUAUUGUUACCUUCCAAAAAAUACGUCCUGCAUUGGUCACUCCAAAGAUUCAGAAAUCAGCUAAAUUGAGCCAGAUCGUUGAAUACUGAAAGCCUAAAAGGAAGGAGAUUGAGAGCUUCAGGGACACCUUCCUGGUGUCGAGUAGUAACAAAGUUGAUUAAAUGCCUUUUCAUCUACGAAUGAAUCACUCCACAAUCGACAUGGAGGAGUACUCUGGAGCAUCCGAUGUCUCCGUUGUCGAUGUUUACGACAUUGCCUCGGAGAUUGGGAAAGAGUGCGAAAAACUUAUUGAUAUAUUUGGUACGGAGGCUGUUACCGGCCUCAUGCCUAAAGUUAUCAAUGCACUUGAACUAUUGGAGAACUUGGCGACGAAGAAUGAGCGGGAGAUUACUACUGUGCAGGAAUUAACAACGAAAAUUUCGCAGCUGGAAAAUGAUAAGAUUGGCAAAGCUGAGGAUAGACAAAGAUUUGAAAAGGAAGUGGAGCAGACGGAAGAGCACUGGAGGCAAGAGUCCAGAGAUCUAGUCGGCAUGGUGACAAGAUUGCAGGAGGAAAAUCGCAGACUCUCCGAGGCAUUACAAGAAUCUCGGAGCGACAGUCAGGACAGCGGUAAACAAACUUUUACAGCCAGUCAAGAGGUUGAUAUUCAGGUUUUACAACGUUUAAGGAGUAUGAUUGAUAAACAACGAGAUCAAAUCCGUGCCAGGGAUCGAGAAAUGUCGCAGAAAAAUUUAGAGAUUGAGAAUUUGACCAUCCAAGUGGAAAAACUGACCUCAGUCGGUCGUGAAUUGAAACGCAAACAGCGCCAGGCACAAAUGCAAGCACGCGGACUAGUUGAGGAGCGUGCUGACUUCCUGGCACAGCUCCAAGACCAGAAUCGUGAGCUGAUUAAUUUACGCGCACGACUCGGAUUGGCGCGGAAGGAGAACGAAGACUUGACAAAGUCCAAUCAGGGAUGUCCCGAUCUGACGAACAAGGUUGUCUAUGAUUUGGAUGAUCCAGACAGGCCUAGAUUCACAACCGCUGAGCUCAAAGAAAUUCUGCACGAAAGAAAUGAAUUGAAAGCUCGUGUUUCUGAUCUUGAGGAUGAAUUGGAACUUUACAGACCGAAACCCGAAACACCCGAAGAGGACGCGCCUGUUCAGGGGCCUCUGCCUUACGAACCAGAUGAUGCUCCCUGGAAAAAAUCAUCAGAGUCUGGCAUUCGGAAAUUCUUCCGGAAAAUAUUCUCCGAGACAAGUGGAAGUUUGUUAGGCGGUAGCAGUCCAAGAAGAAGUCUCUCUAGUCUUUCCAAGAUGGCCCUCUCGGGGAAUGGUGCUACUGAUACAUCGAUCUAAACCAAAUUAUUAUCUCUUGAACAGAGAAAAAAACAAGCAAGAUGACAUCAAUUUUCGGUUCAACAAUUUAUCAUUUUUGAUCAAUUUAGAAGUGGCAUAGGUAUUCCCAAUUCUAACUUGAUAAUUAACGCUAUUAAUGUAAUCUGUUGCCAAAAAUCAGCGAGUAUGAUAGUAUAUCGAUGUUAUGGACUCAACGUUUCGAAUUCGCCACUCAACUAGGAAAAAAUCAUCAUUGUUUCAUUUUUUAUUUAUCUCACAACUUGAUUUUUAUCUUUCGUUUUGGUUCGUACGUUCUAAUAUUACCGAAAUUAUAUUAGGUCAGGAGAUAGUAUUUUAUCUUCCGUUGUUAUUUUCCUUAUGAAUUAACAAAGUUAUGUGGAUGAGGAAAAAUUUUAUGAUCCAUUCCCUUUUUUUUAGUUUUUCAUUGGAAGCAUUUGUCAUCUAAAUUCCAUUUAAUCUUUUGGUUUUUAGAUACGUUUUUCUUGUGUCAUAUUUAACGCUUCAUCCAUUCCAUUGUUGUUUUCAUCCCUUCGGUUGUUAUAAUUUUGUUAGCGCCAAUUUAGACCUGUCAUAAGUUUUGAAGCCUAAUAGUGAUGAAUUUUCACACAUUUUAACCCUGCAUAUUUAAGAACUUCAUAUGGAAGAAUCCAAGUUUUUUCGAGUUUUUGAGAGAUUCAAAUGCAAAGACUUUUUAUCAAAGAGUUGUCAUAUUAACGUAGAUUUAGCCAAUCAAAGGGAGAGAGGGAGAACAUUGAAAGAAAAUACCGUAGACAUUGUUACGAGAUUCCAAAUAGGCGGUUCUAUAGCAUGAGAAGACUAGAACAAAAAAGGACCGUGAAUUAUCAUUUGGAAUUAGUCUUUUUUAUCUAUUGAGGACCCUGAAAUGCUAAUAUUUAGCAUUUUUUUUUAAUUAAAAAGCAUUUCUUAGUUGACAUUCCAAAGAAUUAAUGAAUUAGCAAAAAACAGAAAUGAUCGUUUCAACUAAAAAUUGACCAGGAAAAUACACAAUAUAUCUAACAUCGGGCCCAUAGUAAUUAUCUCUAGAAAUAUUGACACGUUUAUUUUAUAUCAACCCAAUAUGUGAACCAAUCCAUUCGCCUGAGACAAAACAAAUGCAUAUCUGUGUCAAUGUAAUGCGCAAAACACAUGGGCGUACUUUUUUGUAAAACCCAAAUGUUUUCUUUGGAGGUGUUUUAAUACUUGUUACAAUGUCUGUAGAUUCCAGAGAACAUGUCAAACAAAACAGAAGAGGAGUCACUGAAAAUAUAGUUUUUAACUGUAUAUAAUAUUAAAUACUAAUGCAAUAUUAUAUACUUACGAAUUUGAAAAUAUUGUAAUGAAAAAAAAAAGUUACAGAAAUAAAGUAUCCGAUGAAAAUUCUUGGGGAAAAAAAAUCAUUACAACAACAAAAGAGUGAAAAUAAGGCAGUAUUUACAAUUCCUUCAGUUGUACUGAAUUGCUAUUAUAUAAAAUUGUCUAUAAGCUA